AUGGUAUAUCCUCCAGACUUUACAGCUCAACCAACAGAGCACGUUGUUGUCUCUGCGGAUGAGGAAAAUACGCAGAACCAAAGUCAUAUCUUGUCACAGCAAAUAGAUUCGGCAGAGGUCAAUAUUGGGUUCUUUAGUCUUUAUCGAUAUGCAACACUAUCCGACAGGUUGCUACUUCUGCUCAGCGUGGCAUGCUGCGUGAUUGCUGGAGCUGCUGUCCCGGGAUUGACUAUCAUCCUCGGUGGUCUCACAGAGAAAAUAAGAGAUUUUGUUGUCGGUGGGGUCACAGUGCAGGAUUUCAAAGACGAUGUGUCUCGCUACUCUCUUUACUUCGUUUACGUCGGCAUUGGAGAAUUCGUCACCGUACUGAUCGGCACAGCUGGCUUCGUUUACGUUGGUGAACGCGUUACUGGCAAGACUCGGGAAAGAUAUAUGCAAGCUGUACUGCGACAGAAUAUCGGAUUCUUUGACAAGCUCGGCCCAGGAGAGAUCGCCAAUCGAAUUACUGUUGAUACCCAUUUGAUGCAAACAGCCGUGUCUGAAAAGGUUGGCACUGCGUUAACUUCAGUCGGGACGUUUGUAACUGCCCUGGUAAUCUCAUUGGGUUACUCUUGGCGACUGGCUCUCAUCUCAUUUUCAUCGGUGGUUGCUAUUGUGCUGCUGAUGGGAAAUGUCAGUCGCUUUAUUGUCAAAUUUAAUCAACGAGCGCAGGAGGAAUUUGAUUAUGCCGUUAGCUUAGCAGAGGAAGCAAUAGGGUAUAUCAGGAUAGUCUCAUCACUGAAUGCUCGAGACCAGCUGAGCGACCGCUUUGAGGAUCACCUUGAACAAUCAGAGAAAUGGGGACGCAAAGUCAGGACCCUCCUUGGUGUCUCAAUUGGUGGAUUGAUCUGUAUCGUCAUGCUGAAUAUUGGGCUCGAUUGCUGGGAAGGAUCACGAUUGUUGGUCAAGUCGCAGAUUACACAAGGCGAUAUCCUAACCAUCACCUUAUCAAUCGUCAUCGGAGCGUUCUCUCUAGGCUAUGUAGCGCCCAACAUACAGCAUAUCACCGCUGGAAUUGCUGCCGCCGCGAAAAUAUUUGGAACAAUCGAUCGUGAAUCGCCAAUCGAUCCACUCAAAGAUGGCGGAAUUAUUCUGAACUCCAUAUCAGGACAGAUUGACUUCAAGGACAUUACACAUAUUUACCCCUCUCGGCCGGACACUGUGGCGCUGAAGAAUGUCUCACUGCAUAUCGAAGCAGGUAAAACGAUCGCGCUCGUUGGACGAUCGGGCUCCGGAAAAAGUACAUUUAUCAACAUUCUUCAACGUUUUUAUACUCCUAUAGCCGGCAAUAUCAGCGUGGAUGGCCAUGACAUAGCCCAGCUCGACCUGUCAUGGUUAAGACAGCAAAUGUCCCUUGUCAGCCAACAGCCAUCACUUUUCAGCACUACAAUCUUUGAAAACAUUGCGCAUGGUUUGAUUGGAACUUCCAAUGAAAAUGCAUCACGCGAGACCAAAGCGCUGCUGGUAAUACAAGCUGCCAAGACUGCCAAUGCCCACUCUUUCAUCCAGUCACUACCAGAUGGGUACGACACAUGGGUAGGAGAAAGAGGAUCCCAGCUCUCAGGAGGGCAAAAGCAACGCAUAUCAAUUGCUCGCGCUGUGAUCAGGAACCCGAAGAUUCUUCUUUUGGAUGAGGCAACAUCGGCGUUAGAUAGUAAUUCCGAGCAUCUGGUUCAGGAGGCGCUUGAUAGAGCUGCAGAGGGACGUACAACAAUUAUGGUCGCGCAUCGGUUAUCCACUAUUCGAGGAGCAGAUCGAAUUAUUGUACUUGAUCACGGACAAAUAGUUGAGGAGGGAACUCACGAGGAGCUGGUCGAGAAGCAGGGAGCCUACCUUCGUCUCAUUGAGGCGCAGCGGAUUCGCCAAGAUAUAGGAGAUGAACAGUAUGGCUCCAUAUCUCCUAUCUCUCUCAAUACUGACGAUGUAUCGAUAUCGCGAUUCGGAUUCGGGAGCCUCACAGAUGUUCAUCUUUUGCCCCUUAGUCUUAAUGAAAAACAAGCCGAGAUGAUUAUGGACGAAACAGUGCAUGAACAACCAAGUCUACUGUCCCUUGUCCGAAUGGUAGCGAUGCUUAAUCGCCCAGAGGCAAAGCUACUGAUCCUGGGGUUGUGCUGCAGCAUCCUCGCAGGUGGAGGUACCCCGACUCAUGUAGUGUUUCUCGCGAAGAACGUCGAAGCCCUUGCAAGGCCACCGACUGAAUACUCCGAGCUACGUAGCGAUGUUAACUUUUGGUCAGUCCUGUAUUUGGCAUUAGGCUUAGGCCUUUUACUUAUUCAAGGGACACAAGGGUUUGCCCUAGGUUUCUGCUCCGAGCGACUUCUCCGACGUGCCCGAUCGACAGCCUUUAACUCCAUCCUGAAGCAGAAAAUGACUUUCUUUGACCAGAAAGACAAUUCAACUGGGUCACUUGUAUCAUUCAUAUCAAUGCAAACAGUCAACCUAGUGGCCAUCUGCGUUUCUAUUGCUUUUGGAUGGAAGCUGGGUCUCGUAUGCGUGGCAUUGGCUCCUGUCCUCAUUGCUUGUGGCUUUCUUCGAUUUUACUUGCUGUCGCGGUACGAGUCACAAUCCAAAAUCCUCUACGAAAGAUCAGCCGGAUACGCAUGUGAAGCAGUUACGGACGUACGUACAGUAGCCGCGUUGACUCGAGAACGAGAGAUCUGCACCGAGUACGGUCAACAAGUUCAAGGGAUUAUUGCAAAGAAUCUACUGUCCGUAGCAACCACCAGCAUUCUGUACGCCCUCUCACAAUCGCUUUUUUUCGGCUGCACCGCUUUGAGUUUCUGGUACGGCGGAAACUUGAUCGCAGACGGCAAGUACACUUUAUUCGAAUUAUUUGUUUGUUUUAUCGAAAUUAUGUUCGCCACUCAGUCUGUCGGAACGAUAUUUUCUUUUGCUCCAGACAUGGCCCGCGCCAAAGAAGCGGCUAUUAACUUAAAGAACAUAUACGAGCAACAACCCGAGACCUCAGAAGGUGAUCCACUGAGCUUAAACAAAGUUCAAGGUAGAAUUACCCUUGAAAAUGUCUCAUUUCGAUAUCCCACUCGUCCAACGAAAUAUGCUCUACGGGACGUCAACAUUAGCAUCGAACCAGGUCAACAUGUCGCUCUCGUUGGAUCCAGUGGAUCAGGAAAGAGUACCAUCAUUUCUCUCCUUGAACGAUUCUACGAGGCAGAGCGAGGGAUUCUUACGCUUGAUGGAAAGAAUAUAAAGAGCUUCAGCGCAUCGCAAUACCGCAGCGCUUUUGGCUUAGUCAGUCAGGAGCCUACAAUGCUCCGGGGUACCAUUCGCGAAAACAUUCUGCUAGGGCUAGAUCAGCACGUUCCGGAAGACAGUAUCAUGAAAGCAUGCAAAGAUGCAAACAUCUACGAGUUUAUACAAUCUCUACCAGACGGAAUGGCUACGAUGGUCGGCACCAAGGGCGUCCUACUCUCAGGUGGACAAAAGCAACGCAUUGCCAUUGCUCGAAUCCUGAUCCGUGAUCCAAAAAUACUUCUCCUUGAUGAGGCUACCUCCGCCCUGGACUCCGAGUCUGCAGUUAUGGUACAAAAGGCUCUCGAGAAGUUACGGCAAGGUCGGACGUGUAUCAGUGUCGCUCAUCAGUUGAGUGCUAUCCAAGACGCAGACCAGAUCUACGUACUACACGAUGGUGCGGUUGUCGAAAGGGGGACUCAUGAGGAGCUACUUCGCAGACCGGCAGAACUCAUUUUACUUGUCGAAAAUGACCCUUCACUAUUUAGCUCUUCUUCCAAGGUCACAGCUCUGGGCCUAUGUACCGGCCUUCUUCCAGCGGCCGCCCUAGCUGGUUCCCGAAAUGUUACAGAAUUAAUCUUAAUUAGUACCGAAACGAUUGCGGUAUGCUUCCGGCUAGCCCUGGAGCUAUACCGUCGAACAAGAAGGAUUGAGGACACCCCAGGUCAUUGGGCAUAUACUGUCCUUGGGGUUCCUGUCCGAGAGAUGGAUGUCAUCCUCGAAGAGUUUCAUGCUUCUCUGAGUUUACCCACCCAUCGACAAGUCUUUAUUGGCGUCGAGGACGAAAGCUGGCUUACGCUCUUCGGACCACCUCCAGAGUUGGACCGGUUAUUCUCGUACUCCGCCAAGAUCGAGGCUGCACCUAAGCUAAAGCUGGCAGCAUAUGGAGCGGUUCAUUCCCCUCACCUUCCUAUCCCAGAUCUUGAAGCAGUCGUUGGCAACUCCCCUAUUCUGAACAGGUCUAUUCAAUCGCAAGUCCAGGUCCUCUGCACGAGCACUGGUAUCCCCUAUUCUACAUCCACACUCCGAGACCUAUACCUGUCUCGCGGCAGCUCAAGGACUUCAAAGGAACAUUCCAGUUCGCCUGAACGUGAUAGGGCUAACACAGGCGACUCCAAUCGUGAAGAGGCAGCGCUUUCUGAGCAGUCAGAAGGCCUUCGAGAUGGCUCCAACGCCAUCGCCAUCGUCGGUAUGGCUGGKCGAUUCCCUGGAAGCGAAAGUCUAGAGGAAUUCUGGCAAUCGUUAAUGGAUGGCCUUGACGCCCAUCAAGAGAUCCCAGGUGACCGGUUCGACAUCGAGGAAUUUUACGACCCUACUGGCCGCAACAAGAACUCCUUGUCCACUCGAUACGGAUGCUUCCUCCGCAACCCUGGCGCUUUCGACCACCGGCUUUUCAACGUCUCCCCACGAGAGGCAGAACAAAUGAGCCCCCUGCAACGACUUCUAUUAAUGUCGACUUACGAGGCAUUACAAAUGUCCGGUUACACAUCAAAUGGAACACUAUCCACACAAAGCCAACGCAUUGCCACAUACUUUGGCCAGGCUGCUGAUGACUGGAAGGAUGGCAGCCGUAUCGCCGGUAUUGACCUCUACUAUGUUCCGGGUCUCCAGCGUGGGUUCACGCCUGGACGUCUCAACUAUCAUUACAAAUGGGAAGGUGCCUCUUACUCUGUCGAUUCAGCUUGUGCUUCUAGCGCGUCUGCGAUUGGACUUGCCUGCUCUGCUCUUCUGUCCCGGGAGUGUGAUACUGCACUUGCAGGUGGAGUUAAUAGUAUCACCUCUCCUGAGCCGUAUUCGGGUCUUUCAAAAGGAAGCUUUCUAUCUCCCACAGGCGGAUGCAAGACAUUCCAAGAUGGUGCCGAUGGUUACUGCCGUGGAGAAGCAGUUGGUGUGCUCGUGUUGAAAAGACUUGAAGACGCAUUUCACGAUAAUGAUAACAUUCUCGCUGUGAUUCGAGGCCAUGGACGAAAUCAUUCAGCUCAUGCCUCGUCCAUCACGCAUCCCCACGCCGAGACGCAGGUUCGUCUGUACAACGACGUCUUGCAGAAGUCUGGGGUACAAGCCGAGGAGGUCGGGUUUGUCGAAAUGCACGGAACAGGCACACAGGCAGGAGACGCCGUGGAAAUGUCUUCAGUACUGGAAGUCUUUGGGCGGAAUCGUACCAAAACCAAUCCGUUGAUUGUCGGUGCGGUCAAGGCGAAUGUGGGACAUACUGAAGCUGCUGCCGGCGCUGUUUCCAUGAUCAAAUCGAUCAUGGCUCUGCAAAAAGGGGUGAUACCACCUCAACCAGGCGUCCCCUUCAAGAUCAAUCACAACUACCCACCGUUGAAACAAUUGAAUGUCAGGAUUGCGGACGACAAAAUCAACUUCCACAAACCAUUUGGAGGGAACGGUAAAAGAAAGGUCAUGAUCAAUAACUUUGAUGCAGCAGGAGGCAACUCCUGCUUCAUUAUUGAAGAAGCACCCCAGGCAGGGCCAAAACAGCAGGACCCACGCAGCCACCAUACAGUCGCUGUAUCUGCUCGUACUUUACUAUCGUUAAAGAAGAACAAAGAAGCGUUACUUGAGUACCUUACAGCUCAUACAGAGAUCGGCCUAGCGGAUCUCGCCUACUCUACAACUGCACGUCGAAUUCAUGAAGAUAUUCGCGUUGCAUAUUCUGGGGCCAGUGUGGAGUCCAUAGUCCAGCAGCUUCGUGGAGACCUCUCAAAGCCUGCUGCCGCUCAACGGGGUCCUCAAAAGAAAAGCAUGGUUUGGGUUUUCAGUGGUCAGGGAUCACAGUACUCUGGCAUGGGCUGGGACCUUUUCCACACCAAUACUACUUUCCGUAAUAGCAUUGAAUCUAUGCAGCGUAUCUGUGAUACUCAGGAGUUGCCCUCGUUUGAGGAACUCAUUUCCAACAAAAAUACCGACUUUACGCAAAAGACGACUGUCCAAGUCCAGCUCGCCGUUGUUGCAAUCGAACUUGCAUUGGCCGAACUUUGGCUUUCUUGGGGCGUAAAGCCUGAUGUUGUCAUCGGUCACAGCUUGGGAGAAUAUGCCGCUCUAUGCGUUUCUGGAGUUCUCUCUGUCAAUGAUGUCCUUUACUUGGUCGGUCAACGAGCGCUUCUCACUCAGAAGAGAUGUUCCGAAGGCGCGUAUGCUAUGCUGGCUGUUGUAGCACCUGCUCAGGCACUGGAGGAGUACCUCCGCCGUCCCGAAUAUCAAUCAUGCUGUAUUUCAUGCUACAAUUCCCCUUCAGCCACUGUUGUCAGCGGCCCUAUUUCCGAGCUUCAAACCCUCGAGCAGUUGAUGCGCGCAGCAGGUACCGUCUGCACACUUAUUCGUGUACCAUACGGUUUCCACUCACCGCAGAUGGACUCCAUUCUUGAUGACUUUGAGCGACUGGCACAAACCGUACGCUUCCAAGCCCCCAAGAUACCGAUUGUAUCAACAGUGACUGGGUCGAUUGUACGUGAAAGUGGGUUUAUCACUCCCCAAUAUCUUGCUCGACAUGCACGUCAGCCAGUGGAAUUCUAUAAGGCUCUUGCUGCAUGCCGCGUUGAGGGUGUUGCAGAUGCACACACCAUUUGGCUUGAGCUUGGUCCAGAUUCUGUCUGCGGCUCAAUGGUCAAAGCUACAUUGGGUGCAAUGAACGUGCAUAGCUCAAUCAAGUCGCGUGAGUCCAAUUGGAAAACUAUCUCUGCCACUGUUGCGACACUUUACACGGCUGGUUCCAGUCCCAAUUGGUGUGAUUUCCAUCAUGAAUAUACCAGGUCAUUGAGACUAUUGAAUCUUCCAAAGUACGCGUUCGAUACGAAGAAUUUCUGGCGCGUAUACAAGGAGGAUACAGUCAACCAGGUUGAAACCGCCCUAAAGAAGCCUACAAUUACGAAGAUAUCAAGUUCGCUCCACACCAUCAAAGAGCAGUUGAUAACCAUAGACACAAUCAAGAUCGUGUUUCAUACUUCGCUGGCGGAUCCAGAGUUGUACGAGGCCGUUCGUGGUCAUCAAGUUGAUGAGCUGCCGUUGUGCCCUGCUGGUGUAUUUUGUGAUAUAGCCCUCACUGCGGCAAAGUAUGUUUAUUCCAAGGUCGACAAAACUGAAGGAAGCCAGAAGCAUCUUCAAAUUAGCAACCUCGAGCUGCACCAUCCCGUCGUUGCCUCUGGUGACCCCAAACAAAUUCUGCAAAUCUCUGCGGAGCGUGAAACGAAAACCGGCCAUCAAGUCAAAAUCACCUUCCACCUACAAGAUGGUUCAGCAACGCAAGAGAUUGGAGGCUGUCAGGUCAACACAUAUACCUCGCAAGAAUGGGAAAAUGACUGGUCAAAGACACCAUUCUUCGUCAAGUCUCGUAUGGACUCCCUGGUUGAAUCCGUCAAGGCAGGUCGCGGCGAUCAUCUCCGUCGCUCAGUCAUUUACAAACUAUUCGCAAGCCUAGUCAAUUAUGACCCGAAGUACCAGGCUAUCGAGGAGAUGUUCUGGGACGAGCAGACAAACGAUGCCGUGGCGAACGUCAGCCUCAAGCCAUACAAUGGACGCGGAAAGUUUGAGUGCUUGCCAUACUGGACUGAUCCCUUGGUCCAUCUUGCUGGCUUCGUGUUGAAUGUUAACCUGACCAGUGCCAGUGAUGAUGUUUGGCUUUCGGGUGGAGUAGCACGCAUGCAACUGCAUGAGGAACUCUCCGCCGACACACAGUACGUCUCUUAUGUGCGAUCUCACGCACCUGAUGAGCAUGGAGUAUCUCUCAGUGAUGUGUAUGUAUUCAGUGAGAAACGUUUCGUGGGAUUCUGCAGUCUUGUAUUCCAGAAAAUGCCACGAAUUGUACUGCACCGUCUGCUACACAAGCAUGACUCACGAGCCCCAGCAAAGGUUUCAGGCUCGACACACACAGUGGCUGUCUCGAAAAUUGAGAAACAAUUCACCGAUGACCAUCAGUCGCCGGUUGCGAUGCCUCCCCCAACUUCAGUCGAAGUAGAAAACAAUUUAGCCGAUCGACUUAUCGCAAUCAUCGCCGAGGAAACAGGCGUUGACAUGCCCGAUAUGGUACCGACUGCCGACUUCGCAUCAAUGGGUGUCGAUUCACUAAUGGGCAUCACCAUCAUUGACCGAGUCCAGAAAGAACUCGACGUCCAAUUAGAAGCAAGCUUCUUCCAGGAGAAUCUCACAGUCGCAGAUGCUCAAAAAGCGCUUGGCUAUGAUGAUGCGGACUCGGAGAGCGACCAAGGAGCCAACGCAGGCAGUGAAGACAAUUCACCGAGUGGAGGCUGGACGCCCAUCUCGCCGCCUGAAUCAGAUAUCGAGGAGAUAUUAGUGACGCCCAAUAAACUUUCAGAGGCGAUCCAAAUCGCGACAGAAGCACCAUUGACACCCCCUACAGAAGUAUUGAGUUCGCCUGCAGUAGACGAGAUUAGUCCCUCGAAAACGCCUCCACCGGCGGAAUACAAAUCUAAUGUGGUGCUGAUCCACGGCCGCAAGAAGUCCAACAAAAUUCCUCUCUUUUUGAUCACUGACGGCGCUGGUUCUGCCACUGCGUACAUUCAUCUCCCCCGAUUUGCGUCUGGGAUGCCGCUAUACGCCGUCGAAUCACCCUUUGUCCGUUGCCCGCUCGAGUACAGAUUUUCCGUUGAAGAGACAGCAAAGAUGUAUAUUGCUGCCAUCAAGAAGAUUCAACCCGAAGGGCCGUACAUGCUCGGUGGGUGGUCCGCUGGUGGCGCCCAUGCCUUCGAAGUCAGUCGUCAGCUACUUGAAGCUGGCGAAAAAAUCAAGCGACUUGUGAUCAUUGACAUGAAAAUCCCCAAGCCCAUGCCAGAGGGCCUCGAAGUGACUAUGGACUUCCUCGAUAAAGUCGGGCUAACCACGGGCAUCAAUCGAGCCGGCCCUGCUUUGGCGGGCAUGUCGGAGCGUCUCAAGCAGCAUCUGGCAAGCACCAUCGAAUCGCUAAUGUUCUACACAGCGCGCGAAAUGGAUCCAUCGCGCCGGCCGGAAAAGUCGUACAUCAUCUGGGCCGAGUAUGGUCUCGCAGAGAUUAUCGGCGACGCAGCCUUCAAGGAUGUAGCGGAGAUGAUGGGACUGAAGGAAGAUGUCGACGGAAACCCUAUGGAGGACGACACCGGUCUUGCAUCGUGGUUCUACUCUAGAAGAGAUAACUUUGGUCCUAAUGGGUGGGACAAGUUGUUAGGAGAUGUUGUGUGUCGGUCCCUGAAAGCUGAUCACUUCUCAAUGGUUACUCCUCCUGCUGCUCCCGCAGCAUCCACCGGUGGCAAGAAGCAGAAGAAGAAGUGGUCCAAGGGCAAGGUCAAGGACAAGGCCCAGCACGCCGUCGUCCUCGACAAGACCACCUCCGAGAAGCUCUACAAGGAUGUUCAGUCUUACCGCCUCAUCACCGUCGCUACCCUCGUCGACCGUCUGAAGAUCAACGGCAGCUUGGCCCGCAAGGCCCUCGCUGACCUCGAAGAGAAGGGUCAGAUCAAGAAGGUUGUUGGACACAGCAGCUUGAACAUCUACACCCGCGCCGUUACCGCCGAGGAGUAA